UGGAUUCAAGGCUGUCGUUGUCGUUGGUGGAUUUCAACGUGAUCUCAUUUGGCUUUCAACGCUUGACGGAGCCGUCUGCUAUCGAGUUCAUGCUGCAUCACCUUAACACCGCCCGACCCGAAAGCCCAUCUCAAAGACAGGUGCGGAAGCCGCUCGGCGCAUGUAAGACACUAUUUACAUGUAUUAAUUCUUAUUUCCUCGCAAAGGUUCCCUCACUUGCGCUUGCACUUGCAAUGCCACAUGACAUUUGUCUGAGGAGAGAUGUAGCACCUACUUCUAUUUAUAGGAGUCACCUUUUUCUCCUCACCCCGUUUUCAUUCUUCAUUAUUUAUUCUUCUUCUUCCAAGGAUCCAAAGAUCCCAGCAGUUGGCGUCAUAUCGUAAAGAUCGGCUACCAAACAAGCAAAGAGUUGGGUGAGAGGAAUGGCAAGGAGCAAUCACAAUGAAGAUAUACUCUCCCUCAUCUCCGCCGCCAUCACAGACCCUGUGAGGCUGAAUAAGCUCCUCCCUCGCAUCACGGCCCAUGACGUCAUCGACCUCAUAAACCUGAACCCCCACUCCCUCUCCCCACACUCUCUUCUCUCCUUGUUCCACCACCUCUGUUCGCACCCCACAUUCCGCCACACCAUCCACUCCUACUCCACCAUGGCCCACUUCCUCUCCUCCCGCCAAAUGUUCCCCCAAGCCCACUCCCUCCUGCGGCUCGUCGUUUCCCGCACCGGCAAGGGCUCCGCCUCCUCCGUCUUCGCUUCCCUUCUCCACACCAGAGGUACCCAUCUUCCUUCCAACUACGUCUUCCAUGCUUUGAUGAACAGUUACACUGAUUGCGGCUUUGUUGGGGAUGCCAUCCACUGCUUCAGGUUGCUUCGGAAGCACGGUUUGCGCAUGCCCUUUCAGGCCUGUGCUCAUUUGCUUCAUAACAUGCUCAAAUUCGACACCCCAACUGUACUAGUCAGUUGGGGCUUUCUUUUGGACAUUUUGGAUUCUGGGUUUCCGCCCAAUGUGUAUAAUUUCAAUGUUUUGAUGCAUAAGAUGUGCAAGCAGGGUCUAAUCAGAGAGGCCCACAAAGUGUUUGAUGAGAUUGGGAACAGGGGUCUCAACCCGACCGUGGUUAGUUUCAAUACUUUGAUUAAUGGCUACUGUAAAUGUCGCAAUCUAGAGCAGGGUUUUAAGUUGAAGGAGGAUAUGGAGGGGAGAGCAGUGUGGCCUGAUUUGUUUACUUACAGCGUUUUGAUUCAUGGGUUGUGUAAGGAAGGCAGGUUGGAUGGUGCGAAUGAGUUGUUUCAUGAAAUGUGUGCCAGGGGUUUGGUUCCCAAUGAUGUCAUCUUUACAAAUUUGAUUGAUGGGCUGUGUAAGAAUGGGAAGCUUGAUCUGGCCCUCGAAACGUAUCAGAAAAUGUUAGGGAGAGGUAUCAAACCAGACAUAGUUACAUACAAUACGCUCAUAAAUGGCCUUUGCAAGGUUAGAGAUAUGAAAGAAGCAUGGAAGCUUGUUGUGGAAAUGAAUACGAAAGGUUUCAAACCUGACAAGAUCACUUAUACUACACUUAUUGAUGCAUGCUGCAAAGAAGGAGAAUUAGAAUCGGCCAUAGAGAUAAGGAAGCAGAUGAUUAAAGAUGAGAUUACACUUGACAAUGUAGCUUUCACGGCCCUUAUUUCAGGAUUUUGCAGAGAGGGAAGAAUCAUCGAGGCAGAAAAAAUGUUGAGGGAGAUGUUGAAGGCUGGCAUGAAGCCUGAUGAUGCCACUUAUACUAUGGUCAUUGAUGGUUUUUGCAAAAAGGGUGACGUUAAUAUUGGUUUUAAGUUGCUCAAGGAAAUGCAGGCUGACGGUCGCAUACCAAGUGUUGUGACCUAUAAUGUGCUUAUGAAUGGAUUAUGCAAGCAAGGACAGAUGAAAAAUGCGAAUAUGCUGUUGAAUGCUAUGAUUAACGUUGGGGUGGUGCCAGAUGAUAUUACAUACAACAUUCUAUUGGAAGGUCAUUGCAAGCAUGGAAACCCAGAUGAUUUUGAGAAGCUAUGGAGUGAGAAAGGACUUGUUCUUGAUUAUGCUUCAUAUAAUUCUCUAGUCAAGGAUUUAAAUAAAUCUUUAAAAAAUCGUCAGAAGAGAUGAUUGCAUAAAGUUGUUAGAAGUUGGCAAUUUACUCGUAUCAAAUGUGGUACUUCAUUUGGUGACCAGAAACUUUAGUUCAUCAAAGAAUUAGAAUCACCACAGAAACAAAUGAUUAGAGAGAAGUCAUUCAUUAGUGCAUCACUCUUCCUUCCUCCCAAGAGCAGAUCACUGGAAUAUCAAAGAGCUGUCGGCAUAUGAGCAUUAUGUUCCUUUUCUAUUGAAAGUUGAUUUAUCAUGGAAGAUCGUCAAGUAGAAUAUCUUUGCACUUAGCAUCAAGUCUUGAAGAGAGCGUUGCAAUGGUAAUCUCCUAACUCCACUGUGGAUUACCUUGUCAUUUGAAAUCCUAAUGUGUUCAGGAAUUUGGGUUAAUUUUCAAUUUCUUGUUUUUUUAUUUUUUC